CGGCUGGGUGGCAUCGGCCGACGCUGCAGGGGCCCAUGAUGCAAUCCGACCCUCCACCGAUCGCGGGCAGCGUCCAAGUCGGCUCCGAGCUGUGGCGCUCGCUCGGCCAGAUCCACACGCGCGCUAACGCCCACCGCGAGCAGUUGGAGAAUGCCAUGUCAGCGGGCGCCUCAUGCAUCACCUUCGAGCUCGCGCGACCGGCCAAACUCGGUGCAAGCGACGGCGCGGGCGACAUGCUCUGCGUGUUCACCGACACGGCAAUCGACCUCUCCGUGGCCCUUGAUAUUGGCCACUCCAAAGAAAAGGACGCGGCUGCACCGGUUGUGCGCAACAAGGGCGCGCUCAACAACUUUGGCAUCGGCCUCAAGGUGUUUCAAGCGUCGCUCGGCCUCCAGACGCAGGUCACCAUCUUCACCUACCAGCGCUUCGCGGACGGCGGCGAGGUCCUGGUCGCGGCGCGCAUGGGCAGCGCCAUCGACGCGCACUUUGCUGCCCUCUCCAAGGGCAAGGUCGUGCACAUGGGGCGCAUCAUCGUCAGGCUGCUGAAGGCCGCAAACGGCGAGCUCUCCUUCGACUGGGGCGCCGCGGCCGACGAGGCAAAGGCGGCCGAGAACAAGGCGGCCAUGCUCGGUGCGCACUCGCCGUGGGCCUCGGAGGCGGCGGCGCUGCGUCCGAUGCGCCAGCUGAUGCAGCUGGUGCGCGAGCAGCAAAAGUCGCGCGGCACGCUCUUCGUCUAUCACACCGACGGCUCGGUACCCUUGCCGUACCGUCUGGUGCACCCUAUCGCGGGCGCCGACGGGAGUGAGAGCGACGACGACGACGACGACGCGGACAUGGCUGUGUGCGUGAAGGUGGAGGCCGAGGACGACGCCGCCGCCGACGAUCUCGAGGAGGUGCAUGAGGCGGAGCUUGUCGCGCCGCCGCCGCGGCUCGCGCCGCGGCUCGAGGUGUGCGACAAGGACGGCACCUGGAAGGACGUCGCGCGCUGCAUCGAGAGGUCGUACAUAGCGGACGACGUGGGCGCCCUCCACGCGCUCGCUGCGGCGGAGGGCGCGCCGCUGCCGGCCGCACCGGCGAUGCCGCGCGUGAGCGUGCAGGGCCUCGUGCUGAGCUUUGCGGAGCACGCGUGGUGCGCCGAGCAGCGGCGCGACGGUGCCGCUGUCGGUGCCUUCUUCCCCAUCCGCGUGCAGGGCGUCGACACGCCAAUCGCGUUCGCGCGCUGCGUGCAUAUGGAUCUGCGCAACGAGGAGCGCCGCCAGCGCGGCUCGACGACGGCCCCGCGGCUGUGGCUGCACAAGCAGCUGCGCGACGGCGCCUUCUUCGUCUUGCACGGGCGCAAGGUCGUCAACGACGAGGCGAGUGCCAUGUGGCACGGCGGCUGCUUCGAGGAGGCGACCUCCAAGUUCGAUCCUUUCCUCAAGCUGGCCAUCCACGGCGGGCAGGGCGAGAUGAACUACGCCAAGUACGGGCUGCUGAAGGAGUACUGGGCGGCGGGCUGCGACGAGGCGGCGGCCGCCCCGCUCCCGCCCGAGCUGCAGUACGCGAACGCCAAGAAGUGGAAGCCAAAGGCGUCGCACCUGUGGCCAAAGGUUGGCGCGGGCGUGCUCGCGCUGGUGCACCUCUCGCCCGAGUUCUUCGAACUCGACCCGUCCAAGACGCGCGUGCUGCGGCGCGACGGCGGUGAGGCCACGACCAACCUCACGCUGGGAAGCCUCGUCAGCGCGAUUCGCACGGGCCUCGCCCUGUGGUGCGCGACCACGCCCGCGCCGGAGCAUCCCGCGCCCCGUCCCAACCCGCGGCCGGCAGCGCCACGCAACGUGGGCUCCUCCUCUGCCGCUGCACCGGCCGGCUCGUCCGCUGGUGGCGCCUCGUCCUCGUCGUCCCUCACUCCGAGCCCCGGCGAGGAGAUCGUCGGCCGGCGCAUCAGCAUUUUCUGGGCGCAGGACCGCCGCUGGUACGAUGGCAUCGUCGACGACUACGAAGUGUCACUGCACCACAUCACGUACGACGACGGCGACGACGAGUGGCUGCGGCUCGUGCCGGAGGAGUACGAGCUGCUCGUGCGCGACCAGGACGGCAGCGGCGCGGAGCUUCCCGCGGCGCAGCGCGCAGACGGACGCGUGCGCCGGCGCACGACGCGCCCACGUGCGGUGGACUCGUACGUGGAUUACGACGCGCCGUCCAGCAAGCGCGUGGCGCGCAGCAAGCCAGCGCACGCCGACGCGCACGACGCGAUCCAAUUCCGCAAGGCGGCCAAGGCGGCCUACCGCGAGCAGAACGACGCCAUCUGUCGCAGCAAGCUCUCGGGCGACAUGUUGCUCGAGCUGCAGGCGUACCGCAAGGCGUUUGAGGCACUCGACCGCGUGCUCAAGUAG